AUGGCCUUCCCCCUACACAGCUUCCAGCCCUGGGUGGACGAAGAGCUGGUGCAGGCCCUGCAGAGCGGCUCGGUGCUGCGCAAGGUCAAGUCUCGGAGCUGGAAGAAGCCGCGGCACUUCCGCCUGCAGGACGAUGGCAUGAGCGUCUGGUAUUCCCGCACCGACGGGGGCACCGCCAAGCUCAGCUUCUCGAUGGCGGACGUGGAGUCGAUCCGCGAGGGCGCGGAGUCGGAGGUGCUUCGCAGCCUGGCGGACGAGUUCCCCCCGGACCUGGGCUUCACGGUGGUCUUCCACGGCCGCCGCCCCAACCUGGACCUGGUGGCCGGCAGCGCCCAGGAGGCCCAGGCCUGGGUGCGAGGGCUGCGCGGCCUGCUGGACUUCGUCACCGGCAUGGACCAGCGGGAGAGGAGGGAUCAGUGGCUGAGCGACUGGUUCCAGCGGGCGGACAGGGACCAGGACGGGCGGAUGGACUUCCGGGAGGCCCAGCGCCUGCUUCGCCUCAUGAACGUGGCCAUGGACGCCCAGCGCGCCCUCACACUCUUCCAGGCAGCGGAUAAAUCCCAGACGGGGACCCUGGAGGGGGAAGAAUUUGUGGCGUUUUACCGGGCUCUGACAGAGCGGGAUGAAGUGUUGGAAUUAUUUCGGGCCUUCUCCGGCGACGGCCAGAAAAUGACCCUGCAGGAGCUGGAGGAUUUCCUGCGUCAAGAGCAGAGGGAAGGCGAGCAGGCCCCGGAUUUGGCACUGGACAUCGUCGCCCGCUACGAGCCGUCCGACACGGCCAAGGCCCGGCUCGUGCUCAGCGUGGACGGCUUCCUGGCCUACCUCUGCUCCCCCGACGGGGACGUGUUCGCGCCCGCCUGCCGCCCCGUCUACCAGGAUAUGAGUCGGCCGCUCUGCGACUACUACAUACACUCCUCUCACAACACCUACCUCCUGGGGGACCAGCUCCGCGGCCAGAGCAGCGUCGAGGGCUACAUACGGGCCUUGAAGCGCGGAUGCCGCUGUGUGGAGGUGGACGUAUGGGACGGGCCCGGGGGCGAACCGCUGGUCUACCACGGACACACGCUCACCUCCCGCAUCCUCUUCCGGGACGUGGUGGCCACCCUCGCCCAGUACGCCUUCCAGGCGUCCGAGUUCCCGGUCAUCCUGUCCCUGGAGAACCACUGCAGCUUGGAGCAGCAGGAGGUGGUGGCCCGGCACCUGACGGACAUUUUGGGGGAUCGCCUCGUCAGCACCACCCUGGACGGGCUGGUGCCCACCCGCCUGCCCUCCCCCGAGGAGCUGCGUGGGAAGAUCCUGCUGAAGGGGAAGAAAGUCGGGACCUUGGAAGAGGAGCUGGGAGAGCACCCGGGGGAGCCGGAGGAGGGAGGGGAAGAGGAGGAAGAGGAGGAAGAAGAGGAAGAGGAGGAAGAGGAGGAAGAAGAAGAGCCCGAGUCCAAGCCAGACCAGAGCCUGCGCAAUGAGGACAAGAGGAAGGAGAAGGAGUCCAAGACCAGGCUGUGCCCGGCGCUGUCUACACUGGUGGUCUACUUGAAGAGCGUCCCUUUCCACAGCUUCGCUCACUCGCGGGCCCACUACCGCCUCUACGAGACGUCGUCCUUCUCCGAGGCCAAGGCCCGACGCCUGCUCCGGGAGGCCGGUAACGAGUUUGUGCAGCAUAACGCGUGGCAGCUGAGUCGCAUCUAUCCCAGCGGGCUGCGCACCGACUCUUCCAACUACAGUCCCCGGGAGCUCUGGAAUGCCGGCUGCCAAAUGGUGGCCCUCAACAUGCAGCGAGCGGGAUUGGAGAUGGAUCUGUGCGACGGACUCUUCAGCCAGAACGGGGGCUGCGGUUACGUGCUGAAGCCGCCCUUCCUCUGCGACCCCUUCAGCUCCUUCCACCCUGCGCGGCCCCCCAGCCCCGACGGGGGCCUCACCCUCCUCAUCCAGGUGAUCAGCGGUCAGCAGCUUCCCAAAGUGGCCAGUCGGAAGGAGGGCUCCAUCGUGGACCCCCUGGUCCGAGUGGAGAUCCACGGGGCGCCGGGCGACAGCGCCCGACGGGAGACCAGCCACGUGGAGAACAACGGAUUUAACCCGCAGUGGGGGCAGACCCUGCGUUUCCGGGUGCGGGCUCCGGCCUUGGCCCUGCUGCGCUUCGUGGUGGAGGAUUACGACCGGACGUCACGCAAUGACCUCGUGGGCCAGUACACUCUGCCCUUUACUUGCCUCCAGCAAGGGUACCGCCACGUCCACCUCCUGUCCAAGGACGGGACCAGCCUCCACCCGGCCUCCAUCUUCGUGCGCAUCGGUAUCCGCGAAGGCCCGGAUGAGGACGAGGCCUGA